CUUCCUGCGUGCAGGGUUUAAUAUUGACAGACAGUGGAGUAUACAGCAGCUGUGCUCACAGUGUUUUUCUUCUCGGAGUCUUAAUCGAUAUCCCUAUGCCAAACAGCCUGCAGAGAAAGUUUUCAGGUUGAUUUUCCCCCUUUCUGUUGCGGGGGAGGGCGGGACAUGGCACCUAUGCGUAAAGAGGCGAAGGAUAAUCCGUCGGCUUCAGCUAAUCUUCUCUCCAAGAUUUUCUUCUGUUGGCUGAAUCCCUUGUUCCGAACCGGCUACAAGAAGAAGUUGGAGGAAGAUGACAUGUAUGAAGUUCUACCAGAGGACGCAUCCGACAGACUUGGGGAGGAACUACAGUGGUACUGGGAUCAGGAAGUCCGACAGGCAGCGAAAGGAAUGCGCCCACCGAAACUUACCAAAGUCCUUGUUCAGUGCUACUGGAAAUCAUAUUCGCUAAUUGGGAUUUACAUAUUUGUAGAGGAAGUCAUCAAGGUCAUUCAGCCGGUGCUACUUGGGAAGCUAAUCGAGUACUUUGAGACUUAUGACCCCGUCGACACGGCUGCAGUCCAUGAGGCCUACAGCUACGCUACAGGCAUCUCCCUGUCAACCGUCGUCCUGGCCGUGCUUCAUCAUCUCUACUUCUACCAUGUUCAGCGAGUAGGCAUGAAGAUCCGCGUGGCCAUGUGCCACAUGAUCUAUCGGAAGGCUCUAUAUCUCAACAGCACAGCAUUGGCCAAAACUACCACAGGACAAAUUGUCAACCUUAUAUCUUAUGAUGUCAACAAAUUUGAUGAGGUAACCUUAUACUUGCAUUUUUUGUGGAUUGCCCCCCUACAAGCGGCAACUGUGACGUUAUUGUUGAUGUAUGCGAUUGGCCCGUCUUGCCUUGCGGGAAUGGCCGUCUUCUUCAUCCUGAUGCCAAUACAAACCAUGUUUGGACGUCUAUUCUCCAGACUUAGGGCCGAGACAGCAGUCCUAACAGAUGAGAGGAUACGCACAAUGAAUGAGGUCAUCUCUGGGAUCCGUGUGAUAAAGAUGUAUGGGUGGGAGAAGCCUUUCGUUGGAUUGGUGGAUGAGGUCAGAAGAAUGGAAAUCUCCAAGAUCAUGAAAAGCUCCUACCUGCGUGGCCUGAACAUGGCGUCUUUCUUCGUGGCCAGCAAGAUCAUCAUCUUCAUCACCGUGUGUGUUUACGUGCUGACAGGAAACACGUUGUCCUCCAGCAGAGUGUUUAUGGCUGUUUCCCUCUACGGGGCAGUCCGACUCACCAUUACGCUCUUCUUUCCCUUUGCCAUAGAGAAGGUCUCUGAGUCGCUCGUCAGUAUCCGAAGGAUUCAAAAUUUUCUUCUGCUGGAGGAAGUUCUUCCUCAGCAUCUAGGACAUCCCGUGGCAGAGAAGAAGGACUGCAUGGUGAAGAUUCAGGAUUUAAUAUGCUACUGGGAUAAAAUGAUAGAGGCUCCAACUUUACAGAAUGUGUCUUUCACAGUGAAGCCUGAGCAGCUACUGGCAGUAAUUGGACCUGUUGGCGCUGGAAAGUCCUCGCUCCUCAGUGCCAUCCUGGGAGAACUGAGUCAGGAGAGUGGCGUGGUCAAAGUCAAAGGGGAGCUGACCUACACCUCACAGCAGCCCUGGAUUUUACCCGGGACCAUUCGCAGCAACAUCCUCUUUGGCAAAGAGCUCAACCCCAAAAAGUAUGAAAGAGUUCUGAGAGCCUGCGCCCUCAAGAGAGACAUGGACCUGUUGCCAGGUGGUGACUUGGCGAUGGUUGGGGACAGAGGGACCAACCUCAGUGGAGGACAGAAGGCGAGGGUCAGCUUGGCCAGAGCAGUGUAUCAGGAUGCAGACAUCUACCUGCUGGAUGACCCACUCAGCGCUGUGGAUGCUGAGGUGGGCCGGCACCUCUUUGAAGAGUGCAUUUGUGGACUUUUGAGGAAGAAGCCUCGCAUCUUGGUUACUCACCAGCUACAGUAUCUGAAGGCUGCAGAUCACAUAGUGGUCUUAAAGGAGGGUCAGGUGGUAGCACAAGGCACCUACAGUGAGCUGCAGAGAUUUGGACUUGACUUCACCUCCCUGCUCAAGGAGGAGGAGGACCUGGAGGAGAGCCGAGGCACAACUGUCUCUGGCUUCCCCCACACACUCUCUGACAACUCCAUGUCCUCCACGUCCUCCCUCUCCUCCUCGCGUUACUCUUUGAUCGAGGGGGCAGAGCCACUUGCGGUGGAAGUGCAAUCAACAGAGGAGGAAAGGCGCUCAGAGGGAAACGUCGGCCUGCAUUUGUAUGUCAAAUAUUUCAUGGCAGGUGCAAACAUCCUGGUCCUCUUGGUCCUCAUUUUACUCAAUGCCCUAGCACAUAUCACCUUUGUGCUGCAGGACUGGUGGCUUGCUUGCUGGGCCUCUGAACAGAAGCACAUCAACGUGACAGAGCACCUCAAUGGCAGCUUCCCUCGGCAGCUGGACCUUGACCUGUACCUAGGUGUUUACGCAGGUUUAACCGCCACCUCAGUUGUGUUCGGCUUCCUCCGCAGCUUGGUUUUCUUUAAUGUCCUGGUGAGCUCAUCCCAGACCCUACACAACCGCAUGUUCAGUGCCAUCCUCCGGACCCCAGUGCGCUUUUUCGAUAUCAAUCCAGUCGGGAGAAUCCUCAACAGGUUUUCAAAGGACAUUGGUUACCUGGACUCACUGCUCCCGUGGACGUUUGCGGACUUUAUCCAGGUUUUUCUCCAAGUCACUGGAGUGGUCGCCGUUGCUGCAGUCAUCAUGCCUUGGAUCAUUAUACCCAUUGUCCCUCUUCUCGUUGUUUUCCUGUUUCUGAGAUGCUACUUCCUGCAAACCUCCAGGGACAUCAAGCGCCUAGAGUCUACCACUCGGAGUCCCGUCUUCUCGCACCUUUCGUCCUCUCUCCAAGGCCUGAGCACGAUCCGUGCAUUCAAGGUUCAGCAACGGUUCCAGCAAAUGUUUGACAAAUAUCAGGAUCUUCACUCAGAGGCCUGGUUCCUAUUCCUGACUACUUCCCGUUGGUUCGCCGUGCGUCUUGACGGAAUUUGUUCCGUUUUUGUCACCAUCACUGCUUUUGGAUGCAUCUACCUCAGGGAUGGGUUGGAGCCUGGUGCAGUGGGUCUGGCUCUGUCUUAUGCCGUUACACUCACGGGCAUGUUUCAGUGGGGUGUCAGACAGAGUGCGGAGAUCGAGAACAUGAUGACGUCUGUGGAGAGAGUGGUUGAGUAUGCGGAGCUGGAGAGCGAAGCGCCAUGGGAGACAGACAAACAGCCUCCACAAGACUGGCCGAAGAAUGGCUCCAUCACAUUUGACAGAGUCAACUUCUCUUACAGUGCCAGCGAGCCGUUGGUCCUGAAGAACCUGAGUGUUGUCUUCACAUCCAGAGAAAAGGUUGGCAUCGUUGGACGCACUGGUGCUGGCAAAAGCUCCCUGAUCUCGGCCUUGUUCCGGCUGGCAGAACCUGAGGGAAGAAUAAUCAUUGAUGAUUUUCUGACUUCGUCACUUGGUCUGCACACUCUGCGCCAGAGAAUGUCCAUAAUACCACAGGACCCAGUUCUCUUCACGGGCACCAUGAGGAAGAAUCUGGACCCUUUCAGGCAGCACACAGAUGAGGACCUGUGGAAUGCACUCCAAGAGGUGCAGAUGAAGGCCGUGGUAGAGGAGCUGCCCAAUAAGCUGGAGACGGUGCUGACGGAGUCGGGCUCCAACUUCAGCGUGGGCCAGAGGCAGCUGGUGUGUUUGGCACGGGCCAUCCUCCGCAAGAACCGCAUCCUCAUUAUUGAUGAGGCCACGGCCAAUGUGGACCCAAGAACUGACGGCCUCAUCCAGCAGACUAUCCGGGACAAGUUUCAGGAGUGCACGGUCCUCACCAUCGCUCACAGGCUCAACACUAUCAUUGACUGUGACAGAAUACUGGUUCUGGAUGCUGGCAGGAUCCGGGAGUGUGACGAGCCGUAUGUGCUGCUGCAGAACCAGGAUGGGAUUUUUUACCAGAUGGUCCAACAGACGGGCAGAGCUGAGGCCGCCUCACUGCUGCACACAGCCAAACAGGUUUACGCGAACAAAACGCGAGUGACAGAUGUGCGCUGUGCCAAGGACAUCUGUGUCAUCUUUGAGACGUCCCUGUGACAGUUUGGAGAGUCGCUGUGGCCGUCACUGACCAAAUCCAGUACCAGAUGUACUUAGCUCCUGUCACUGUGCAUUCAAAUGUGCUUCGACUUCCCGCAGACGUAGUGUAGUGUGUGCCGCCUUUGACUGUCAUUGUCCCUUGGUCUGGAACGGCAAAGAGGCAAGUAUCGGAGGCAGGCUGUGCCUCUAUUGACAGCAUAUGACUGCAUCGCUGUUUAUUGAUUACACUCCACAAUGUUUAUGUAUGUGUGUCCUGGCCUCUUGGGUAGCUUCAGGCCUGCACUGGUGCAGAACAGAGUGCAGACAUUGGGUAUGUUUACCCUGGUGCAAUGAAUUAUUAGUGGCUUAAAUUAUACAUUGUUUUGCAGGACUUGGGUCUUUUUCUUUUUUUCUUUUCAUUAUUUGGAAAAUGCUUGACAAGACAAGGAGAAGCCGAGAGGAGACAUCAGUGUUUUCAGUAAUUAUUGUGCCUUAAUCAGACUAUUGAUUCCUUGUAAUUGCACUGCUUUUAUUGAAGUCUUCCUGCACUUUGACCAUAGUGGUUUUAUGUCUACCUCAGCUCAGGAAAAAAACAGUGAGGUGGAAAUGAAAAGUGUCAUCUAAUGGCAAUGAUUCUGAUUAACACCAGGGACCUUGGGGCAGGAGUUUUACAAUUCGUGGCACAUUAACUGAAAACUGAAGUGUUUUUUUUUCCUAGUGUAAUAUCAAAUUUCUCACUUGAAAUUUGCUGUGUUGUUGCUGUGAAAAUGUAGCAGUUUUUACUUUGAUUAAUAAUAUGAAGUUUAGUAGUUGUGUAUUCAAUUAUUUAUCUUUGUGUAGGGUUUUAAAAAAACAAACCUUUCUUUGUUAAAGAUAAUAUCUCAGUGAAUUUGCACUUGCUUAGUUUUAAAUAAGUGAUUAUGAUUUACAGGAGAUGAAAAUUGAAAUUGCACACAAUAAAACAGUGUUUCUAA